AUGGAUGAUCAUGUGGAAUUUGUACGGGGCAUUCGAGAAAAACUCUAUACACUUUUUGAUAAAUAUGCGACUUCUAUGUCUAGAGAUGAUCGUUUUACUUCUUCAACUAGUCGAGGUAACAUUUCAGUUGAGGGCAUUGAUGAGAACAUUGGGGAUGACAUUGAUGAGUAUGAUGCAUUUGAGAGUGAACACUUUGGAUCACAAUCUACUAAGUCACAAUUGGAUUUGUAUUUGGAGGAGAAUAGGCUUGAUAGAAAGAAGUUCCCGGAUCUCAAUGUCCUUGAUUAUUGGAAGACUCAUUCUCAUCGAGCUACUCUUGCAGAAUUAUGUGAUGAAGCAAAUUUAUCCCCACAUUGUUUGAUGUUUGAUUUGUCAACAUUGAAGGUGUGGGGCAAGACAGGCUCUAAAGUAUAUGGGCCACGGGCAGGGCUAGAUUACAAGGAUAACCAACUUCGCUUUAGCUUGUUGUGCCAGGCUGCUCUAGAGGCACCUCAGGUUCUGAAUCUAAACAACAGUGAAAAUUUUUCAGGACCAUAUGGUGAAGAUGUUGUCUUCAUUGCCAAUGACUGGCACACUACUCUUCUUCCAUGCUACCUCAAAACAAUGUACCAAUCUCGAGGGCUUUACAAAAAUGCCAAGGUAGCAUUCUGCAUCCACAGCAUUGCCUACCAGGGAAGAUUUCCCUUUAGAGAUUUCACCCUUGUCAAUCUACCUAAUGAAUUUAAGAGUUCUUUUGACUUCAUAGAUGGGAAUCUCAAGCCUGCAAAGGGAAGGAAAAUCAACUGGAUAAAGGCUGGAAUUAUAUAAUCCCAGAGGGUCUUAACUGGAUGAUGCUUAUAGUGAAGAUGAUGCAGCAGAGGCUUCAUGGAGUUCUGAGUACAUAUGAGUUUUCAUAAAUAAUCAACAUAUGAUGUACCCCUGUUUUAAGUCAGAUUGAAAUCUUUUAGUCUUGAGUCUACCAUGCGUUCGUUUUGUUUGAUGUAUAUU